AAGGGGCGGGGCUCCGCGGGGCAAGUCUAAGCGCUGCUGCCGCUGCCGCCGCCGCCGCAGCCGUCUGAGCGGGAGCGGGCUGGGCCGCCUAGGCAAGAUGGUGGACUAUAGUGUGUGGGACCACAUCGAGGUGUCUGACGAUGAGGAUGAGACGCACCCCAACAUCGACACGGCCAGCCUCUUCCGCUGGCGGCACCAGGCCCGGGUGGAGCGCAUGGAGCAGUUCCAGAAGGAGAAGGAGGAGCUGGACAGGGGCUGUCGCGAGUGCAAGCGCAAGGUAGCCGAAUGCCAGCGGAAGCUAAAGGAGCUGGAGGUGGCUGAGAGUGAGGGCGGCAAGGCAGAGCUAGAGCGGCUGCAGGCCGAGGCACAGCAGCUGCGCAAGGAGGAGCGGAGCUGGGAGCAGAAGUUGGAGGAAAUGCGCAAGAAGGAGAAAAGCAUGCCCUGGAAUGUGGACACUCUUAGCAAAGAUGGCUUCAGCAAGAGCAUGGUCAAUACCAAGCCUGAGCAGGCAGAGGAGGAGUCGGAGGAGGUGAGGGAGCAGAAACACAAAACCUUCGUAGAAAAAUAUGAGAAACAGAUCAAGCACUUUGGCAUGCUCCGCCGCUGGGACGACAGCCAGAAGUACCUGUCGGACAAUGUCCACCUGGUGUGCGAGGAGACGGCCAACUACCUGGUCAUCUGGUGCAUUGACCUGGAGGUGGAGGAGAAAUGUGCACUCAUGGAGCAGGUGGCCCACCAGACCAUCGUCAUGCAGUUCAUCCUGGAGCUGGCCAAGAGCCUGAAGGUGGAUCCCCGUGCCUGCUUCCGGCAGUUCUUUACCAAGAUCAAGACAGCGGACCGCCAGUACAUGGAGGGCUUCAACGACGAACUGGAGGCCUUCAAGGAGCGUGUGCGGGGCCGUGCCAAGCUGCGCAUCGAGAAGGCCAUGAAGGAAUAUGAGGAGGAGGAGCGCAAGAAGCGGCUGGGCCCUGGUGGCCUGGACCCCGUUGAGGUCUACGAGUCCCUCCCCGAGGAACUCCAGAAAUGCUUUGAUGUGAAGGACGUGCAGAUGCUCCAGGAUGCCAUCAGCAAGAUGGACCCCACCGAUGCGAAGUACCACAUGCAGCGCUGCAUCGACUCCGGCCUCUGGGUCCCCAACUCCAAGUCCAGCGAGGCCAAGGAGGGGGAGGAGGCAGGCCCUGGGGAUCCCUUGCUGGAAGCCGUCCCCAAGACAGGCGAUGAAAAGGAUGUCAGCGCGUGAUUCGCCACCACCGCCUGCCUGCAGGCCCCUGUGCACCCCUUUUCAGAAAAAAAAAAAUAGACGCCGUCUCCCCAGCUCCUGGCUUCCUCCACUUUCGCUGCUCCUCUCCCAGUUCAGGGGAGCCUACCCCCUUACUCUGCUCUCCCCCCAGCACUCAUCCAAGUCUCUGCUUUGAGUCAGGGGGCUUCACUGCCUGCAGCCCCCUCAUCAGCAUUAUGCCAAAGGCCCGGGGGUCCAGGGAAAGGCCUGGGGGUCCAGGGAGGGGCAGAGGUUGCCAGGCUGGUCCACAGGGUAAGGGGAGGGUUCCCAGCUGAGGGGCCUGCUCCAAACACUGGGCUGUUUUCACUGUUUGUCCACUGCUGAGUCUUCUAUAUGGUAAACAGCAAAGAUCUUCCAAUAAAGGAUUUCAGAUGUUC